AUGCUAGCCUGCCCACAAGCAGAGGUUGGCGCUGCUACUGAAGUUAAUGUGUUUCCAGAUGGAAUUUCCCCAAAUGAUGUUGAUGACUUUCCUACAAACUUGAGGUUCGCACAUGCACGUUCUAUACGGUGGAGAAUGGAUGUUCAAUCUUCUGAUUCUUCAGCUAUUGCUGAAUCAUGCCGUAAGCGUAGAGCACAUGUUUUGGGGAGCUUGGAAAGAGCUAAAGAGUACAGGGCCAAGCCGAUUUGUUUGUCAAAGAUGCUCAUCCAGAGCAGCUAUUGGAAUGUCACGAAGCCAUCCAGAGACACAGUUGCCUGCAACCAUGAUGAAGAUUCAACUCCACUUUCUUGUGCGAUAUCACCUCCAUCUGGUGGCUAUCGCCCUAUUUACACAAUUGAGUUCCAAAAGCGUGGUCUUCCCCCACGUCCAUCUCAUUCUGUGUUUAUGAUCCAUGGCCCUUGUGGUGCUGCAAAUCCAACAUGUUCUUGCAUGGUUGACGGCCAAUGUUCCAAGUACUACCCGAAAGAAUAUUGUGACAAAACAACAAUGUUGCAGAAUGGCUAUGUGCGCUAUGCUCGACUCAAAAAUGGACUAACUACGAAGAAGAAUGGCAUUGACAUUGAUAACCAAUUUGUUGUCCCUCACAAUGUGGACUUAUUGGUCAAAUAUCAGGCCCACAUUAAUGUGGAGAGGGUUAAUCGUGAUGGCUUGGAAAAAUACAUGUUCAAGUAUUUCAGUAAGGGAUUUUAUUGUUCAAAGGUUGGCCUUAGUCGUAGAAGAUCAUCUGUCGAAUCAUCCGUCCCGGUAAUUGAUGAGAUACGUGAUUAUCUAGAGUGCAAAUGUGUAACUCCUAAUGAUGCAGAUUGGUGUUUGCUCCAGUUUGACAUUCACCAUACCGGUCAUGCUGUUGAACGCCUCCACUGCCCCUUGCCAUUUGAAAAUAGCAUUGUCUUUACCGAGGAUGACAAUUUGGAGCAAGUAGUAGAGAACCCACGCAAUGCAGUCACUAAGCUCACUGCAUGGUACGAAGCAAACAAGACCUUUCCUAAUGUUAUUCAGUUUACAUAUACUAAGUUCUUUGAACACUUUACUUGGUAUGGAGAUGGAAAAUAUUGGGAUUUAUGCCGUGGCAGUUACAAGAUCGGUAGAGUGGCGAAUGUUGGUCCUAAUCAAGGGGAAUCAUAUUAUCUUCAUAGAUUGCUACAUGUUGUGAAAGGAGUAAAGUCCUAUGUAGAUAUCAGAACCAUCGAAAGCCAUCAAUACCCAACAUUUCAAGCUGCAUGUCAGGCUUUAGGGCUUCUUGGUGAUGAUCAUGAGUGGUCAUUUGACAUGGCUGAUGCAAGUCGUUAG